CUUAAAAAUAGAUUACAUACUUUUUCUCCCUUCUUUUUCUUUCUCCUUUUUUAUUUUUCAUUUUUCUUUUUGUUUACAUUUUGUGUUGUCUUUUCACUUUUCACUUUUUUUUUUUUAUUUCUUUUUCCUCCAAGCAUAAAUAUAUAUAACUCCGAUAUAAUAUGCCAAAUAGUAAUACUAGUUUAAAUAAUGAAAGCGAUAUACCUGAGAGAAUAGCAGCUGCCAGAAGAGAAGCAGAAGCUUUAAAAGAACGUAUCAAACAGCGUAAAGAAGCAUUAGCUGAUACAACCUUACAAGAAAUGGCCAAAGACGUAGAACCAUUACCACGAAUAGUUAUGAAAGCAAGAAGAAACCUUAAAGGACAUUUAGCAAAGAUUUAUUCGAUGCACUGGGCUAAUGAUAAACGACAUUUAGUUUCAGCAUCACAAGAUGGUAAACUGAUUGUUUGGGAUGCUUAUUCAACUAAUAAAGUUCAUGCUAUUCCACUUCGAUCCUCUUGGGUUAUGACUUGUGCCUAUGCACCUUCAGGCAACUUUGUAGCUUGUGGUGGUUUAGACAAUAUCUGUUCUAUUUAUAAUUUACGUACUAGAGAAGGUUCUGUACGCCCUGCUCGUGAAUUAUCUGCUCAUAAUGGGUAUCUUAGUUGUUGUCGAUUUAUUAAUGACCGCCAAAUAUUAACUGCUUCAGGGGAUAUGACCUGUAUGUUGUGGGACAUUGAUGCAGGUGUCAAAACAGAAGAAUUUACAGACCAUACAGGAGAUGUGAUGAGUCUUUCGUUAAGUCCAAAUCCCAGUAUUUUUGUCACCGGUGCAUGCGAUUCAACAGCUAAAGUUUGGGAUAUUCGUACUAAGCGUUGUGUUCAAACAUUUGUAGGUCACGAAUCCGAUAUUAAUGCAGUCCAAUUUUUCCCCGAUGGAAAUUCAUUUGCAACAGGCUCUGAUGAUGCAACUUGUCGUCUUUUUGAUUUGCGUGCUGAUUGUGAGCUUAGUAUGUAUUCUCAUGAAUCUAUUUUGUGUGGUAUUACUUCUCUUGCCUUUUCACCAUCAGGACGUCUUUUAUUUGGUGGUUAUGAUGAUUAUAAUUGUAAUGUAUGGGAUACUUUGAAAGGUGAACGUGUAGGUAUUUUAUCAGCUCAUGAUAAUCGAAUUUCUUGUCUUGGUGUUGCAGGAGAUGGUAUGGCACUUUGUACUGGAAGUUGGGAUUCUACACUAAAAGUCUGGGCCUAAUAGUGUUCCUGAGCGCUUUUUCAAAAUGAAUGAAUGUACUUUUUUUUUUUUUUU